AUGGCGCGAGACGCGAGCGCGACGAUGACGAGCGCGACGACGACGAGCGCGUCGACGACGAGCGCGUCGAAGGACGAACGGGCGGCGCUCGUGCCGAGGACGAUGGUGUUGGGGUCGGACGGCGCCGAGCGAACGAGUCGAGACGCGCGGGCGAUCGAGGCGUGGGAUCACGUCUCGGUGGCGGUUUGGAUCGCGAACGAUGUGUUGUGGAGUCAGGAGUCGCGAUGGACGUUUGUCGCGAUGGCGCUCGUCGUCGGGUUGUUCACGAGGAACGCGUACACGGCGAGGCAAAACGCGAACGAGUUCAGACACGCGUUGGCGGUGAUGUUCUGGCUCGUGGGAGCGAACAGCGUGUGGGUGUAUCAGGACUUUUACGGCUCGGUGUGGUAUUUAGAGAUUUGGUGUCUGUGCUGCUUCGGGGCGAGCAUCGCGAUAGAGUUGGUGCAGUUGGCGAAGUGCGCGUUCAGGAAGGGGACGGCGGAUGAAGAGCAAAGUGGUAACGUGGAGGUGUCGGAUGCGUUCCAGUCGGUGGCUGUUCUAUCCUGGGCCGCGCACGAUGCGUCAGUAUUCACGUACUACAAUCUCAGCGAAGUGUCGAGGUAUUACUGCCGCGUGUCGUGGUGGACAAUGUCCAUCGUCAUCAUAGCGCAGGUGACGUACUACCUCUGGUUUCAGAUGAGGAUGCUGUACUCCAAGCCGGAUAGCAGCGGCGCGGAUUAUGCUCUGGCGCUAUUUUCGUGGUCGAUUGGAUGCAUCUUGUGGGAGUACGGCGACUUUUACAUGCCCGAAGUGCAGGAUCCGGCGCCAGUGUUUGAGUUGCCGAAGGACGUGCGUAAUUUCAGAUGGAUCGCCUUUUGGAUCAUGACAGUGGGUGCACUUCCUCUCCUCGUCUGGUGCGUGAGGCACGCGAUAUUCUUUACCACGCCCAGAGCGAAAAACGAAUGA